AUGAGUUGGAAGCUGCGGCCAAAAUGGUGCCAGCCUUCGGGAGCGAAUCACAAUUGUGAUAAUGCUGAAAGUUUUAUGAUUGCAAUCAAUCAUUCUGGUAAAUUUGUAAGUUUGGAUCGAAAUGUGUAUUGUGGUGGUUCUGUUGACUUUAUUGACAAUUGUGAUGCUGAUUUGAUUUCACUGGUUGGGAUAAUGUCUAUGGUUAAAGAAAUUGUCUUGGAAAAUAUGGAUGCUAUGAAUUUGGUGCAAUGGUUGGAUUAUGAUAGAGUUGUAAGUUUGUUUGUUGAACAUGAGCCCCUCAUUUGUAGUGGUAAUCAGUCUGAGCCUAAUGAGUCUGAGCUUCCAAAUGUUGUUGAACCAUUUCCAUUUGUUGGAAAUUCACAAAGUUCUGAGGAGAGAAUCAGUCAAGAAAAUGCAUUUGUAGAGGUGGAUGUGCAACCUCUUGUCCCACCUGUGACUGAGAAGAUGCCUGGAAGACCAAGAAAACAUAACAGAAGGAAAGAUCCAGAUGAAGGUAAAAGAGAUUCUGGGAGGCCAUCACAAGGUGGAAGACCACUUACCUUAGGGAAAAAGGGAGUGAAGAUGACAUGCUCAUAUUGUGGACAGAAGAACCACAAUAUCAGAGAUGAGCAAGGAGGGGUCAACCAAAUGAUCAAUGACCCAAAUGGGCCCUCACAAGCAUUUGCCUCAGUGGGCCCUGAGCGAAUGGACCCUGCCUCAGUGGGCCCUGACCAAAUGGACCCUGCCUCAGUGGGCCCUGACCAAAUGGACCCUGCCUCAAUGGACAAUGACCCAGACUUGGAAGAUAUUUAUUCAGUCAUUGAUGAAUUUGAUGCUUUUGAUGCAUCACUGCCCAAUAAUGAACAACCACUUGCAAGGCCUCCUCAAAGUAAAAGAAGAAACACCUCUCCUCAGAGAACAAGAAGCAAGACCUCAGAGAAACAGAAUGCAAUGAAGACUACUGAAACUCAAGUGAGAUCAAUUGAGAAGUCACCGGCCCUUACCAAGAGGACAAGAGAAUCAAUUGAUAAGGUCACAGGUAUUGAGAAAAUUGUGCACACACAGAACUCUCAAACCACCAAGGAUGUUCAUAGCACAAAAAAAAAUUUAGGUCUGAAAAGGAAGUUGGAUUUGAGAAAGAUGUCAAAAUCUCAAGGUCAAACAUCCACUUCUGCUCCUGAGGAUGACAGACCCCAUGGAGACCACCUGGGAGGUUACGCAGAGAUGGUGAUGGUGCAAGCUUCUCAAGAAUGUUUGGUGCAGGAGUCAUCAUAA